AUGCUGCACGAGUUGAGAACGACAUUCGGUCGCCUGACGCCCAUCGGUGGCGUGAGGGAGACGGCAGAGGAGGGGAGACGGCAGAAGCCGUCGGACGAGUUUGCGUUCCGUCUGAAGACGGCAGUGUGGCAUUUUCGUAAUCACGAGAAGGCGCUGAGGCGACUUGAGCGGAAGAUGGACGAGAUGCUGGACCGGUUCCAGGUUGCGUUUGCGUCGCUGACGACCGUGGCGGAAACGUUCUUUGAAACCUGCAGUGCAAACGAAGAAACAUGGUGUGGUGGCGAUUUUAAAAGUGCUCUGAAAGAGAUUGAUCAGGAAGAUGUCACGAACAUGGAGCAGACGUUUCGGUACACCGUCAUGAAUCCACUGCGAGCGAGAUUGGAACAAUAUGAUCGCAUAAAGAAGGACAUUGAUGUCUGGGAAAAACUUGCAGCGGAAUCGAAAACGCUCCGUGCGCUGACGUUAAAAAUGCACUCGCAACGACUUGAGGAUCAUGAGAAGCAAGUGCUUGCAGAAGGAGACAUACACAAAGUAGCUGCGCUACUACAGGAAGCGGAGAGAACGUUAUUGCCGCACUUGGAGGACGCGAAUCAAUCAGCUACUGUACAUGCAGCAGACUUGUUCAGCACGAUGCGUCUUCAAUGUGCGAUUUUCUUCCGGACUGCCGAUCAACUGGUCCAAUCAAGCCUGUCGCCAUCCGAACAGGAAGUUGUCUCAGAUGGUAAUCGUACAUUCCCAUUGUCUGCCACUAUGCGAUACAAUGCGUCUACUGCAUCACUGUCAUCGAAGUUCAGCAAGAUGUCAUGUUCAGCAUCUGACGGGUGGACUGAAGUGGACGGGUCUAGCUCAUCCAACGCAUUGGACGGAGUCGAAGCGAUUUCAGGAAGUGAUGAGGACGAUGAGAGUGAUGCUUUAUCGCUCUCUGCUGAGGACUAUGAGAUUGGAAAUGUGUCCCGGACAGCUGCAGCUGGUGUGCCUGUAGACAGAUUUGUGGACCCGUCGAAGCUUCUCACGCUGGCUUCGUGUGCAGGAGUUAUUGACUUUGACAAAGGAGUUCGAGGACCGAAUAUUGAUGAUGGGAGGUCUGGUAGGAUCCGGCGCUUAACGUCUCCUUCGCCGAGAGCAGUGAGUUUGAAGCCGAGAACGCCCCGAAGAGCCAGCAGUAUGCUCUCGACUAUCCGCAAAACAAUUCAAGACAAGCUGAGUUACGCCAGUGGGGAAACGAGAGUGAUCCGGCAAAGUUCCGCGCCAACGGUCGAAACAUCCGCACGCACCGGCCGAAGUGUUGUCACUUCAUCGCGAAAGAGUGGCGAGCAGCUUCUUGUCAUUCCUCAGUCGCCUCCGGACUGGCUAGCUGUCGAGUACUGUUUGUGGGAGAUCGAUGUGAGAGGGAGUAAAUGUGUGGGGAAAUCAAUCUUGCAGGCCGAUGCAAUCAGCGAUGGCGCGAGUGACGUUCUAUCUAGACUUCUUCGAAAGGGUGAAAGCCUGUGCUUUGAGUGCCUGUCGUAUUUACGCGUUGAAGAUCUUGCGCAGCUUUCCAAGGUUAACUUUCGGCUUCAUUCUCGCUUGGUAGACUGUGCUCCAAUCUGGAAAAGGUGCAUACGGUCAGGUGGUAUAUCCCCAGAUACCCGCAGUUCGCUCUGGCUUUCAGUAUUCUACGGACCUACACCGUGGCGAUGUCGCAGGCUAGCCACGUAUUAUCUAUCCGCUGGCAGACGUUGCAGUACAUAUGAGCAGCUCCUGAGAAAGGUGGAUGCGAAACUGGGUGUUGGGUUACCAAAGAGUCAAGAUGACACUCAGCUUGCAGUCUGGUUCCGGGAAAUUGACGUAGAUGUCGUGCGUACGUGUCAUCGAAGCAACGACGCCAAUGUCACGUUGCGUCCAGUUCCAGUAAUGGCCAUUGCAGCCGUUGACAAAGAUGAGGAAGAUAUGAUUGAAUCCGUAUUGAACGAUAUGGUGAACAGCAUAGUCAGAAUCGAGGAACGGGGUACAUCUCCGAUUGUUGAUCCGCAUGCGGGUUCCAGGGAAUGCGGCAAGAGUGCCGACGCAAGAAAGUCAGAUCUCGAAACAAAGAUGCGACGUGUGCUUCGUGCGUAUGCCGUGUACAAUCCGAGGGUAGGCUACUGCCAAGGGAUGGGCUUCUUGGUACGUUUGCUGGCUGAAGUAGCUGACGACGAAGCCGACAUUUUCUGGCUAUUUGUUGGAUUCUCGGAGCCGGAGAACAGCCAGAAUCUCUAUGAGCCCGGGAUGAUUGUGCUGCAACCAUACCUAUCCAAGUUCGAGCUGCUUUUUUCGACUCACAUGCCAAAGUUAUACUCACACUUUAUGGCUGAGGGUGUCCAUGUGGCUACUUUCUGCACCCGGUGGUUCUUGACAUUCUUCUCGUCAUUUGAGACGUUAGCACCGACGCUAGUGAUACGAUUGCUGGACAUCUUUAUUAUCGACGGCUGGCGAAUCAUGUUCAGCGUCUCGCUUGUCAUUUUGGAUGAGCUACAGCAGCAGCUGUUGCAACACGAUAUGGAGGGUAUUUUGCGCAUCCUUCAAUUUCCACGCAGCUUUAUGCCAGAAGUUGACGAGUCUCGCCAGCAGCAGCUUGUUCGGCGCGCACUUGCGUUCAGUAUGUCCCGCACGAUAAACUCGGCUUGA